UACAAGGUUAUAAAACUCAGCUCACAACGACACAUCCUGAUUUACAAGUGUACAACAUUUCUGACUGUAAUUUGUGCCCAUAAAACAUAUAUUUGGUGGAGUCUAGGAUGAGAGGGGAGGUUUAUUACGCAGUCACUGAUAAUUGGUUAUUAUUUGCUAAGAUGUAUUUGUGAAGAAACCGAGCUCAAACGCAAAGAUUAAAAUAACAGCCUCAGAUUGUAGCUACAGGCAACGCAACCAUCAGACUACAUGGGCCGGUCUGUCAGGAGCCCCCAGUCAGUCUCAUUAAACUAAUAAGGCCUUAAUUAUUUUACUAGUGUUUCUUUUACCCUAUAUAACCUAGUUUUCAACUCAUUUUGAUAAAAAAAAGGUAAUUAUUGCCAAUAAUUGCCUGUAAUUUUAUGGCCCUAGCAGCAAUGCAUAGGGCCAUAAAAUUGGCUACCUAGUGUCAAAGAUUUUGUCUCACUGCUUGGAAACAAACUUUCAAGUUUUAUUAGACUAAUCGGGGCCUUGGGGUUUGUGUCAGUAGGAAAAACCAAGACUUAUCUACUGUACGUCAGAGAAAACACUUUCUGUUACCACCAUGUAUGUCUCUUUUAAAAUGACAUUAUCCUACAAGGAGCGUAGAAAUAAGACACUUCAAAACCAUUUUUGAACAUAAUGUAAAAUUAAUGACAGAACAAACUGAUAUGUCGAAGAAAAAAAGCUAUAAGACAUCUCUAAACAGCUCUAGUAACCCGUCAUAGCUAGAAACGAUCUUUGUAGGCUUGUAACGCUCCCUUGUUCUUUUUUAAGUCGAGUGGCGCAUCCUGUUCCUACACGGUCUUCGGAGCGCCGGGUCCGCCUCCUCUCAGCUGACUCCGGAGCAACAAACCAGAACCCGCAGCUGCUGUCAUUAAAGCCCUUAGCCGGCCGGCACUUACAGUCUGCUCGAAAAAGUAGAACCGAAUCAUCGACCGUUUUUACGGGAUGGUAUCGUGUUCAGAUUCACCUCGCGAGCGAUGAAUAAAACGCGCGCCGAGGGGACCGGACGGAGACCGGCGGCGGGUGUGUUUGCUCCGUGCUGCUCAGUACCGCUUCUCGGGCUCGUCAGAGGAUGGAGCGCUGGUUAAGAGUUGGUGGCGAGCCGUCCGUGUCCCGGUGUCUCCUCGGUCCUGUCCUCGUCCUCUCGCUCCUAGCGGUGCAAGCGAGCUGUCACAGAACCUGCACACACACAGUCCCCUCCGGCCGUGAGGUUGUCCAUCAAGUGUACUUGAAGCCUGAGCGCUUGGCAAAGAGAAGUUCUCCUGACGACCUGCAGCUAAAGAUAAAGAUCGUCUACGACAGCAGCGUUGACCAACUUCCUGCUGACAAACGGAGACUGGUGAAGGACAAGCUGUUUCCUCAGGCCAUCGACUACCUUCAGAGGGCGUUCAGCUUGAGGCGCAGGGUGGGACCCGUGCUGCUCAGCAGACAAUGUGCAACCAACCAGUACAUGCGGAAGAGAGGUGACCCUCAUCGAUACUGCCAGGACGCCUGCGCAGACGUCACCCGGUGCGGUCCCGUCGUCGUACCACAGCACCACCUGCAGCAAUGUAAGGUUUGCAGUGAGUCUGGGAAGUCCUGUGGCCCAGCGGGGCCCCCGGACGGCCCCGGGGUGGAGGGCUCAGACUUUGUGCUGUACGUCAGCGGCAUCACCACUGAGCGGUGCGGACAGGAGAACAUAGUGGCCUACGCUGCCUACUGCCAGCUGGAAGCAGAGCUGGACCGGCCCAUUGCAGGCUACGCCAACCUGUGUCCAGCCAUGAUCUCCUCUCAGCCUCAGGAGUUUGAAGGAAUGCUAUCCACUGUCAAACACGAGAUCAUCCACGCUCUGGGGUUUUCGGCCGGUCUGUUCGCCUUCUACCACGACGACGAGGGCAAACCUCUGACCCCGCGCUUCGCCAGCGGCCUUCCCGCGUUCAACGAGAGCCUGGGCCUGUACCAGUGGAGCGAGGCGGUGAUCAGGAGGGUCAGCCGACUGUGGGACAUCAGAGGAGGAGAGAUGGUGCGGCACCACGUUCACGUCCUGGUCACUCCUCGGGUCGUGGAGGAGGCCAGGAGGCACUUCAGCUGCCCCAUCCUGGAGGGGAUGGAGCUGGAGAACCAGGGCGGGACGGGAACCGAGCUCAACCACUGGGAGAAGCGGCUGCUGGAGGUCCGCACCUUCCCCCCCACCCCGCUACGUUUUACAAAACGCCAAACAAACCCACCUUGUUCUUUCCUCCUCGUGAUUCCGCACGACUCUCUCCAGAACGAGGCCAUGACGGGCUCCCACACCCAGAACCGGGUGUUUUCCCGCCUCACGCUGGCUAUCAUGGAAGACAGCGGCUGGUACCGGGCCAACUACAGCCUGGCCCAGAGGCUGGACUGGGGCCACGGCCUCGGCUGCGACUUCGUUAUGAAGAGCUGCAAGUUCUGGAUGGACAGACAGAGACAGAGGCGGCACCCUGUGACCCCGUUCUGUGACACGGUGCGGGCCUCUCCUCUGCAGCUGACCUGCAGACAGGACCAGCUGGCAGUGGCUGUCUGCAACUUACAGAAAUACCCCCAGCAGUUGCCCCUGGAAUACCAAUAUUUCGAUCGGAUCCCGGACGUGGCUGCAGAUCAGCUGUCGUCCUUCGGGGGCGCUGUGGAGAUCGCCGAUUUCUGCCCCUUCAGCCAGGAGUUCAGCUGGCACCUCAGCGGAGAAUAUCAACGAAACUCGUACUGCAGAGUAUCGGAGAACCAGCCAGACUCGUGGAGGAAUUAUGGAGCGGAGCAGUACGGCCUGGACUCUGUGUGUCUGUACCAGAAGUCGGCCUUCGUCAUGGAGCAGUGCACCAGGAAGAUGACGUAUCCAGACUGGGGCUCUGGAUGCUACAAGGUUUCGUGCUCGUCUCAGGGCCUGACGGUGUACGUUCAGGACCGCUCCUUCCUGUGCGUGAGGAAAGGUCAGCAGCUGAGCGUCAGCGUCCGGGUCAACGACUGGGUUUACAACGGGGUCCUGCUCUGCCCCGCCUGCGCCGACUUCUGUGACGACUGCCCCCUGCCCCACCAGCUCCUGCCCAUCAACGCCUCCAGGAGCAACCCCAUCGAUCCCUGCUCCAGUUCUCCAGGUCUGGCCAUCACUCUCUGGCUGCUUCUGCUCAACCUGCUCCCUUUAGUGGCUGGACUGCUGAUCUGUCACUGGAGCUGAUGACACACACACACACACACACACACACACACGCUCACAAUAAGGUAGCUAAAACUCUACUGUACUGUAGCCCUCAGAGGACUUGAUGACACACCUUGUUUUUCUUCUGUAUUUGGUUUUCUUUCCUUUAACCUGAAGCUGGGAAAAAACAACCUUUUUACAUCCCUGACUCUCUCUCUCUCUCUCUCCCUCCCUCCACUCCUAUGUUAUUAUUUCCACCUUCGACUCGACGUUUUUCCUCUCAGGAUCUUUGCUCUUCCAUUCCUUUUUUGGGGUUUUUCCAAUGACAAAACUGUGUCUGCGUCUCUCGAAACCGUCUGCCACAAAAGGAUGUGUUUACAUGCACUUCAAAAACCAGGUUGCCCUCUUUUUUUUUUUUCUUCUGUAAUUGAGAACCAUGGUCACUGUAAUCAGAAUGUAAACAAUGCAGACACACCUACUUGUUUCUAAAGGUUAUCGCUGGCUCGGGGAGGUACGGUUAUUUAAAUGUGGCAGCUUAUGUGGUUACUUACAGGUAAACUGUUCGUAUUGAAGGGAAAGCGCAUGUUAUGACCCAAUACUUCUCUCUUUUCAAGGCUGCGGUGCGUUUAUAUUGAUGUAAAUAUAUAGAAUUAUUUAAAAUUAACCAUUUUUAUUGCGAGAACAAACACAGACAGAUUUCUGUUAUCAAGUUAGUAAAGCAAAGGUUAGCUUUUGAUUUUACAUUUCAUUCUAUUCUUGAAUUCACCUGUCAAAAGGGUCCUCCCCUUUUCGGAUAACAGUUUACUGCUUUCGACACAAGCGUUCAUAUCUCGCAUUGAAAUUCAUCCUGCAUCGUCAGAGCCCAGUUAAUUAUUAGAGCUCAACUAAUUGUUUUCAGUCACUUGAGCUGUUGCUAUUCAGUCCCAAACAUGAGUGAAAUUCAUCUGAAUAACAUUUUUGUGAACGUACACAAACAAAACAUUCAGAAUAUCACCCACACUGCAAUCUGUAAUCCACUGAUCGAUCAAAUCAGAUUUGCCUGUCAGGAUGUACUAAUGCUGCCAAACUGUCCUAAGAAUUGAAGAUUGCUAAGAUAGUUGCCAGAUUUGUUGUGUUGCCCUUCAAAUUUCAGGUAAGUCAUUCCCAAAUCUUGGAUUUAUGAAAGAUGUCACAGUUGAGAUCUUUUCAGCUGCAAUUCGGAAAGCCACUGAGAUUUUAUUGUCGUUGUGGCUAGUUAGCAUGCUAACCUCGUUUAGCAGCACAAGAUGCUUCAUUUUGGUUUUGCUUUUAGAUGCUAAAGGAGACCUAGCAGAAAUAAAUGCAGAACAGCAGUACUUGGUAUUUAAUGGAAUACCAACAGACAUUUUAAAUGGGCGGCGGCCAUUUUGAAUUCAAACUGAGUAGCCUAGGUAACUCUGAUGUUUCAAGUCAGAUUUCUAACUUCGAGAGGUGUCCAAGUUAUUUUUCCUGACUCAGAAUAUUAAUUAGUUUGGCUUGUAAGUACAAAAGGAAGUCACCAUUAGGGGAACAUAGUUCACUCGUGUUUUUUGCAGUGCAUGUAAACAUGUUUUCAUAACUCUUAUAUUACAGGGAACAGAAUACUCAUUUGAUUAAAAUGAAAUCUAAUUUUAUUUCAUUUGAACCCUCCCAUGGUCUUAUGAGACGGGGUCAUUUGGACCCCACAGGUUUUUUUUACUGUGUGCGCGGUCUGGCGAGGUCGCAUUGACCCCGUGUGCAUUUUUACUGUUUUUUUUAUUUAUUUAUUUUUGUCCACUAUGUGGUUUCGAGAACUGACGGUCUGACGGGACAACUUCCGACCGUGACAUCUGUCGCACUCCUCCUGAGCGCCGCGCUGAGUCAAACACAGCAGGGUGUUCGUUUUUCUCCCAGUGAAGGAGGAACACGAUGGGUGGAAUCUCUCCAGCUUGAACCCAUUGUGAAAGUUUUUUCAACUUCUCAAUGAUCAGGUUUUAUAUUUAUUUUCCUCCUUUCAUGUUGCACUAGAAGUAGAAUUAAAGAUAUCAACACUACAGCUGGAUUUCAAAUCUCCUUUUGGACAUUUUGUUUAGUUUUUGUUCAUUCAUCUCAGAUGGGAACAAAGAGGAACCCUAGGACGUUUUUUGGGGGGGGGGGGAGGGAUUUUUACACUAGAACACACUCCUGAGGCAAGACUGGAAUCUGCGCAGUUUGGUGACCCCUGCUGGCAGCUGUGGGGAACAGUUUAAAGCUUUAGAAUGCGAGGCAAUCUGUCAUACAGAAACGUUUUAAAUUAUAUGUGUGUGAGGUGGAGUACCUGGCGUUUAAAUGAAUUACCUCUCUUGUAGUGAGCAGACCUCGUGUUUCAUUAAUGAAGUCAUUGAAUGAAUCUGUAGCUCUUGUUGGGAUAAGCUGUUCACGUGAAGGUACAGCAGCGUGUUGAGAGCUCAUUUCUUUUUCUGAAGCUGAAUUUCUGCUGAGCUGAUUAAUCAUACGCUGCUUCUGACAUACAAAGUCAGAACCUGGAUCUCGUCACACUCAAGUUAACGGUCUCUUGGUUUUAUUCGCCUCAGAAUUUUUUUUUUUUUUGUAGUCCAAUCGGCUGAUUUAAAAACUACAAUCACUGAGGCACUUUCUCUGACCUCCCAUCAAAAGCUAUUUAAACAGGAAGAGCGGUACGCUUGAAAGUUUGGAAAACCUUGGCAUGCCUGGGCAACGGUAAUCUGCACGUGUAUUGCUACGUGUGCUACAGGUUUGACAUGUAAGCCGCCAGACGUCGCAAGAAAAACUGUUUAGCAACGCUGUUCUAUAUGAGAGGAAGCCAUAUUUGUGAAAUUCUGACUUUAGGUAGUGUUCUUCUUAAAUACAACCUGUGAAUUCUGACUUUUGAGAAAAAAGAAACGGGCAGCAAAAUUCCUACUUGGACGUGUGGAAUUGAACACAAAACUGUGCCAGACCUUUGGUACUUGGGACGUUCCAUGUAAAUGUCUGAUUGAAGUUGCCACAGUGUAGCCAUCGGUUUGAACCGUAUCCUGACAUUUCUAGGCACAUCUAAAUCCACUUUUUGUUUUCCCAUCAGUUGUGAAAGUUUGCUUGCUCCAUUUCGAUUUGCUGUAAGCUACAAGGAAAGCUACUGCCUUUUGCAGAAAAAACGACGGUUGGUGAUGCCUAUAGGUAUCUUAUGGCAAAACUGUGCUCUUAAACUCUUGAUCAGUAUUCUUAUUUCCUAAGGAGGGAUUUAGACCCUCCACUGUUUUCCUAUAUCUGCCUCUACUCUGGGUUAAACAUCCUGCAGAUGGAGCAGGCAGAUGUCAGAGCCACUGACGGACAACACCGGCAGGAACGCAGCGGUGCUUCUUAUUUUAACAUGGACGUCAAAAGAAACUGAAGGACUGUUUUAAUCAGCUCAAUUGUAAUGUUGGACACAUCUAUUGCAAAAGAUGUUUUGCAGUUUUGUACAUGAUUGUUUUUAAAAUGCAGCCCAGCGAGAUAAAGACCACUUUGUCUGAACUGGUCCUCGGUUCAGCGGCUGAAGUCUUUACGUUCGCAAACCGGAGGAAGCUACGGCCAAACGUCUCUAUGAUGUGAAGUGUUCGUUUCACUGCAGAACAAAUGACCUUUCAGCUAAAUGUCUGUCUGUGUUUUCUGUGACGGGAGACUGAGAAAUGCUUGUAUGCUGUUAAAGGUACACAUAAAAUGUUUUUUGGGUUUUUUUGUAAACUAAAGAAGAAAGGGUUGACGUCGACUGCGCUUUUCAUUGCUAUCAGUAGUGUCAAAAACAGAGAUUCAAUGUUUGUACGGUAAACUUUUCAAACCUUCUCGGUGACUGUUAGAGCCUUUUUUCAGUUAUCCUGUGGUUUUGUUGUCAGGUGGGGUUACUGUUGGCCCUUUUCCACUUGCACCUGCUCACAGCAGCUUGACUUGGCUCCAUGUGGUUCUAAGGGAUAUCCGCCUAUGUGGAACCAGACACUUUUCUAGGACAUACUUUGCUGGGGGUCGUAGUGUGCCUAGUUGGGCUGAAAGAAUGAUGUCAGAAAAGUGUCGGUAAGAGCGACUCGUAUACGGAGGCUACAGACCUGGACGCGGUGGACUAGAGUUUGACUUCCGGUAUCUUUGCCGCAUGUCUUUUCUCACUUCUCUUUGACCGUUUCUAUUCUGGCAGCUGGAAAAAAAAAAAAAAAACUAAAACAAAAGGAAAGGAAAAAAAAAAGAUAUUCGGUUAGAUAGGCAGAGCGGUGGUCAGAGGUUGCGACAAAAGGAGGACUACCCCCCUUUUUUUAAUAAGGAAGACUUUUUGGGGGGCACUAGUGAGCUUUAUUGAACAGUAAGGAGGCAAAAAAAAAAACACAGGUAAAAGAGAGAAGUGAAAGUCGUACAGCAAAGGACCUGACACCAGGAGUCAAAUUCAGGGCAACCGUGUUGACGUCUCCAGCCUCUCCUGCUCUGAAUAUGGUGCGCACAUUCUAGCAACUGAGCCAGCUAGCUCGCCUUACGAUAAUCCGACCCGCCAUUUUUAAAGACUCACAACAGCGACCGAGUGGAUCUGUGACCAUGGCAGACUCGGCACAAUGUUCAACGUUUUUUGUUGUUUUUUUUUGUGUGUGUGCCGUGUCACACUACUUUUCAGACUGUGGGACUACGCAGUUAUGACAACUCCACCCACUAGAGUCCUUACUCAAUUAAUGGAAAACCAGUCGAACUGUGUUGAGCUGCGUUGUUAUUGGGAAAGAGCCAUAUGUGUAAUAGAAGUUUUUGUUUUUGUUUUUCCCCCAAACAAGUCAGAAAGUUGAUGGUCUCUCAAAUCAAACCAUUAAGGAUUUUCAUGAAUGUUUUGGUUCCUACAGGGGUCUGUUGUCUUGGCAACUUUGGACUAGCCUUUUCCUUCAGCAGAAAGUGCUGUAAGAUGCUGACAACAACAAGGCUCCUGAUCUAUUGGUUACUUUGGGGGAACAAACUAAACAGCCCUCUUUUGUCUUUAGUUAUCUAAUUUAUAGAAAUGAAGAAUAAAGGACUGAAUAACCAAACAGAGCAAAAAUAACUAUUAAUAAACUCAAAAGGACUUGACAAAUUACCCUUACAAGGUCUUUAUUGUUUUUGAAGAAAAUUCCAUCCCGUUCUCCAGCUAACUCAUAUUAACCUGCAUCUCCAUAAAGUACUUAAAGAAUGAACUUUGUUUUCUGAAGCUUGCGCUACACCAGAAGAGCUGGCCUUAAUAAUGAGGACUUUUCUGAUAAACUGCAACAGAGUAACUGAAGGAUGCAUUUGGGUUCAGCUCUUUAUUUAUUGACGCGUUUUCUCGUAACUCGUCUGUUUUUGUGUUCUGAUCGACGUUCUGGCAGCAACAUGUCCAGCGUUGAUGUUGGUCUCGUCACUGUUAGCACUGUUCAGAUGAUCUGACCUCGGCCCGUUUUUCGUCGUGUAUUUGAAUUCGUGCUUCUGUAUUUAUUGAUGUUGGACUGAGUUGGAAAAGAAAAAUCAUUUUGUUGUUAGAAAAUGUCAUGGAAACAUGGCGUUUGUGUUUUUAUUUUAGCACUUUGGUGAAAAGCAGUGGAACAGUGAAAACACUACUUUUAUUUUCUUUUUU